AUGCGGCAGUUCCGGCUUCCAGCUGGGCGAGCGAGCAACGACGGCAGCAACGACGGCAGCAACGACGGCAGCAACGACGGCAGCAACGACGGCAGCAACGACGGCAGCAACGACGGCAGCAACGACGGCAGCAACGACGGCAGCAACGACGGCAGCAACGACGGCAGCAACGACGGCAGCAACGACGGCAGCAACGACGGCAGCAACGACGGCAGCAACGACGGCAGCAACGACGGCAGCAACGACGGCAGCAACGACGGCAGCAACGACGGCAGCAACGACGGCAGCAACGACGGCAGCAACGACGGCAGCAACGACGGCAGCAACGACGGCAGCAACGACGGCAGCAACGACGGCAGCAACGACGGCAGCAACGACGGCAGCAACGACGGCAGCAACGACGGCAGCAACGACGGCAGCAACGACGGCAGCAACGACGGCAGCAACGACGGCAGCAACGACGGCAGCAACGACGGCAGCAACGACGGCAGCAACGACGGCAGCAACGACGGCAGCAACGACGGCAGCAACGACGGCAGCAACGACGGCAGCAACGACGGCAGCAACGACGGCAGCAACGACGGCAGCAACGACGGCAGCAACGACGGCAGCAACGACGGCAGCAACGACGGCAGCAACGACGGCAGCAACGACGGCAGCAACGACGGCAGCAACGACGGCAGCAACGACGGCAGCAACGACGGCAGCAACGACGGCAGCAACGACGGCAGCAACGACGGCAGCAACGACGGCAGCAACGACGGCAGCAACGACGGCAGCAACGACGGCAGCAACGACGGCAGCAACGACGGCAGCAACGACGGCAGCAACGACGGCAGCAACGACGGCAGCAACGACGGCAGCAACGACGGCAGCAACGACGGCAGCAACGACGGCAGCAACGACGGCAGCAACGACGGCAGCAACGACGGCAGCAACGACGGCAGCAACGACGGCAGCAACGACGGCAGCAACGACGGCAGCAACGACGGCAGCAACGACGGCAGCAACGACGGCAGCAACGACGGCAGCAACGACGGCAGCAACGACGGCAGCAACGACGGCAGCAACGACGGCAGCAACGACGGCAGCAACGACGGCAGCAACGACGGCAGCAACGACGGCAGCAACGACGGCAGCAACGACGGCAGCAACGACGGCAGCAACGACGGCAGCAACGACGGCAGCAACGACGGCAGCAACGACGGCAGCAACGACGGCAGCAACGACGGCAGCAACGACGGCAGCAACGACGGCAGCAACGACGGCAGCAACGACGGCAGCAACGACGGCAGCAACGACGGCAGCAACGACGGCAGCAACGACGGCAGCAACGACGGCAGCAACGACGGCAGCAACGACGGCAGCAACGACGGCAGCAACGACGGCAGCAACGACGGCAGCAACGACGGCAGCAACGACGGCAGCAACGACGGCAGCAACGACGGCAGCAACGACGGCAGCAACGACGGCAGCAACGACGGCAGCAACGACGGCAGCAACGACGGCAGCAACGACGGCAGCAACGACGGCAGCAACGACGGCAGCAACGACGGCAGCAACGACGGCAGCAACGACGGCAGCAACGACGGCAGCAACGACGGCAGCAACGACGGCAGCAACGACGGCAGCAACGACGGCAGCAACGACGGCAGCAACGACGGCAGCAACGACGGCAGCAACGACGGCAGCAACGACGGCAGCAACGACGGCAGCAACGACGGCGGCAACGACGGUGCAGCCUACACGUUGGAAUUCAGGGGUCAUUCACUUUCUUUGCUGUCGAGUGUACAUUAUGAUUUCAAUGGAAUGAGCAAUCUGGGAGGCAACGAGGAGGGAGGCAACGAGGAGGGAGGCAACGAGGAGGGAGGCAACGAGGAGGGAGGCAACGAGGAGGGAGGCAACGAGGAGGGAGGCAACGAGGAGGGAGGCAACGAGGAGGGAGGCAACGAGGAGGGAGGCAACGAGGAGGGAGGCAACGAGGAGGGAGGCAACGAGGAGGGAGGCAACGAGGAGGGAGGCAACGAGGAGGGAGGCAACGAGGAGGGAGGCAACGAGGAGGGAGGCAACGAGGAGGGAGGCAACGAGGAGGGAGGCAACGAGGAGGGAGGCAACGAGGAGGGAGGCAACGAGAAGGAGGCAACGAGAAGGAGGCAACGAGAAGGAGGCAACGAGAAGGAGGCAACGAGAAGGAGGCAACGAGAAGGAGGCAACGAGAAGGAGGCAACGAGAAGGAGGCAACGAGAAGGAGGCAACGAGAAGGAGGCAACGAGAAGGAGGCAACGAGAAGGAGGCAACGAGAAGGAGGCAACGAGAAGGAGGCAACGAGAAGGAGGCAACGAGAAGGAGGCAACGAGAAGGAGGCAACGAGAAGGAGGCAACGAGAAGGAGGCAACGAGAAGGAGGCAACGAGAAGGAGGCAACGAGAAGGAGGCAACGAGAAGGAGGCAACGAGAAGGAGGCAACGAGAAGGAGGCAACGAGAAGGAGGCAACGAGAAGGAGGCAACGAGAAGGAGGCAACGAGAAGGAGGCAACGAGAAGGAGGCAACGAGAAGGAGGCAACGAGAAGGAGGCAACGAGAAGGAGGCAACGAGAAGGAGGCAACGAGAAGGAGGCAACGAGAAGGAGGCAACGAGAAGGAGGCAACGAGAAGGAGGCAACGAGAAGGAGGCAACGAGAAGGAGGCAACGAGAAGGAGGCAACGAGAAGGAGGCAACGAGAAGGAGGCAACGAGAAGGAGGCAACGAGAAGGAGGCAACGAGAAGGAGGCAACGAGAAGGAGGCAACGAGAAGGAGGCAACGAGAAGGAGGCAACGAGAAGGAGGCAACGAGAAGGAGGCAACGAGAAGGAGGCAACGAGAAGGAGGCAACGAGAAGGAGGCAACGAGAAGGAGGCAACGAGAAGGAGGCAACGAGAAGGAGGCAACGAGAAGGAGGCAACGAGAAGGAGGCAACGAGAAGGAGGCAACGAGAAGGAGGCAACGAGAAGGAGGCAACGAGAAGGAGGCAACGAGAAGGAGGCAACGAGAAGGAGGCAACGAGAAGAAGGCAAUGAGAAGUAG